AUGAAUAAAAAGAAAUCAAAGAAAGAACCAAUAAAAAAAAAAGAAUAUAACAAAGUGAAACAUGUAAAAUUUAGAAGAAUUAAGAAAAUAGAUUUUAAGGAGGAAAAAAUACGAAAAGAUAAAAGAAAAUUUAAUAAACGUAAAAAGAAAUUUGAUACACUUUAUAAAAAAAAAGAGUAUGAAAAAAAAUUGAUAGGGCAAAAAAAUGAAUACAUCAACUUGAAAAAAGAAUUAGAAAAUGAAAAUUUUGAUACGGAAAGACAAUGUGUUUUUAUAAUAAGAAAUGAUAUUAAUUGUCUGCACAACGAUUCAAAAUUGUUAUUAAAGGAAUUGAAGCUUAUUAAUAAGUAUGAUGGAAUAAUACUAAUAAACACAGAAGAAAACAUGAAAAAGCUUUAUGUUAUAAAACCAUAUAUUUGCUAUGGAUAUAUUAAAAAAUAUAAUUUUUAUAAUCUUAUGGAAAAAAGACUUUAUAUAAAAGAUAAAGAUCAAAUAAAAAGAUGUGAUUCGAAUAAAAUGAUUGAACAAAUAUUUAGUAAAGAAGGAAUAUAUUCCUUCAGAUCUUUUUGUGAUUAUAUUUUUGAAUGCAAAGAUAAUGCAGAUAUUAUAACUAAAAAUUAUAUUUAUCCAUUUGAUUUUUCCUUUUUAAAUACCAAGAUGACUUUUGACUUUUUACAAUUUAAACAAGAAUUUAAAGGAUUCUUAAAAAAUGAAAUUAAUGAAAUAUUAGAAAAAAUUAUAUAA